ACUCAUCCAGGAAACACUUUAUUCCCCAUCUGACUGUAUUUCAUAGUUAACACUCAUAUUAUUAUUUCUGAAUGUACACUAUCCUAUACUGAUUUUUAUUCAAACUUCUAUUCAGUUUCACUCAUGUAUGUAAAUGAAGUAAAAAGUUGUAUAGGUGACUUGUUAUGAUUAUGAGCAAUAGUUUGUGCUCUAAACGUCAUCAGUUUAAUAUUACUGUACAACACUGUGUGAAUGAUCAAAAUAAAAUCUUGUAUAUAAUGGAGCAGGAAUUUUCAUUUGUUUUAGUUGGUGGCAGUGACCUCCAUUUUGUCCCUUUGUUCUUUCUGCGUACCUGUUUCUUUUUGUGUUCUGUUAUGGUGCUGUCGAAGAAGAAAACCAAAGAAGUAGUAGUACGAGGUCGAAGCAAGUCUGUCGGUCGGGAUACUCCAAAAAGUCGUUCCCGUACUCCUGCAACUCCACGAUCUCGAUCGAAAACACCUACGAGACGACCACGAACACCUGCUUCGGAGUCAAAAGUUAGGAAGAGACGCUCACCUAGCAGCGAGCACAGUGAGGGGUCUAGUAAAAGUCCUACUAAACCAACAAAGCGUACUGAGAUUGUUGACCGUCCUAUCCAAACCGUUCUAUCUAAACCAUUUAUUGAAUACACUGGAUUGUCGCGAUUUUCUGAAGGGAUCGUUAAAAAGAUUGAGCUCGAACAAUCAACUUAUUUUCGCAAAGAAGAGCAAGUUCAAAAACCGGAAACAUUUCACUCUCAUAAACCACCUUCACCUCCAGUUUCAACGAAUUACCGUAAAACUUUCUUUAGUCCAACAGUUGUGGGAAUUUCCCAACUGAUUUUUGUCGUACCGUUCAUUUACUGGUUGAAUCUUUUGGUUUUUGCACCACCACUUGUGGAAGAUAAGUCAGACAUUAAAAGUUUAUGGGGACCUGCACGUCCGCUGUUUAGGGUGAUGUGGCCAACAGAUUGGCGCGUUUAUUUCAACAUUCAAAGUGUAGCAUUCGUUUCUGCAUAUUUAUUUUUACACUGUCUGAUCGCCCGUUUCAUUCCAUUUGGUCAUCUUGCAAACACAAGCUCUAGAAAUAACGAUUGUCGUUGUAAUGGUUUAAUAUCAUUCGUCGUUUUCAUGGGAUUGUUUGCAUUCGCACAAUUGUCGGAGUAUCCCAUUGUCAAGGACUUAAAGCCAAGCACAAUGAUUCCAAAUUUUUGGCUGGGCCUACUCACUUCAACGUGUUUGGCUACCUUCAUAAUAUCGUUUGCAGCAUUUUUCGCCUCACGAACAGUUACACGUUAUACAAGACAGUCAGCAGCUAAAACAAGCAGUGUGUUUCUUGACUUUUGGUAUGGUCGGUAUUCGCGACCUUUGUGGUUUGGCAUAGACUGGAAAAUGGUUGUAAUACGUUCCGGACUAACAGCCUUACCAUUAAUCGAUGUGGCAUACAUUUUCAAACAAUAUGAACAGUAUGAACGAGUUAGUCCAGCUCUUGCUGCUCAUGCACUGAUGCAUACUUUGUGGGUGUUAGACUUCUUCAUCUUCGAACAUGCCUUUAUAUACACAUAUGAAGUUCAGUCGGUAACAUUUGGUUCAAGUUUCGUUCUAGGCCAGCUUGUUGCCUUACCCUUUGCCUAUUCUAUAACAAGUUCAUAUUUAUCGUCAAAACCUGAUGUUGGUCGAUUGCCGACAAGUUUAUCAAAACACAGCUGUGACCCGUAUACAAUGGGAGUAUCUGUUAUUGUAUUUCUAUUAGGACUAUGGAUACAUCGAGUAUCUAGCAAUCAGAAAAACCUGUUCCGACGUGAUCCUCACCAUCCAUCAUUUAGUAAUGCUGAAAUCAUAGCCGGUCCUGGCACUCAACGACUUUUAGCUGGAGGUUUCUGGGGACGUGUUCGCCAUCCUAAUUAUGUAGGGUACAUGAUAAUGGCCCUGGCAAUGGCAAUUCCAUGUGGUUUCGACUCAGUGAUCCCGUGGAUUAUUCCAAUUUUCGUCAUUCUCUUCCUUCUACAUCGUGCAUUUGUUGUUGAAGAGGCUUGCUUAAAGAAACAUGGUCCUGCAUGGCAAAAAUACAUGGCACUUGUACCUUAUCGUUUUAUUCCUAAAAUUUUAUAAUAUUAUUGUAUAUUCAAACCUUUAUCUCUAAUAUACUUAUGUUGCAUUUCUAUGUCAGUGUAUUUAAUAAUCAUAAUAUUAAUAAUAUUUUCUUGCUCAACAGUUUAUCCCUACUACCAAACCAACAACACCACCAACCCUUUUAUUUGUUUACAGCCAGAUCCCUUGUCUCUAUUCCAUGUAUAUUGUUUACUUAGGACUUUUCAAAUUGGCAGCAUUUCGUUGAUAUAGGUAGAUGUUUUAAUUAAUAUUUUUCUUAGGUGUACAGUUGGUUUGUAUUUUUCAAAAAUAUUCUAUUCCAUUGAUAAUAUACUUCAUAAGUCUAUUGUGUUUCUUCCCGUUUUGUAAUAAAUCAGUGUUUACCAAUUUUC